AUGCCCGGUCCCAGGGGUGGUGUCUUUAGGAGACGCCUCUCCACACAUUUAGAGGGCCACGUUGAUCUGCUCCCCGGCAGAAGGGAGUCCUUCAAGCAGGUAGCCCGCAGGGCUGCCGCGUUGAAGCAGCUGUCAGAGCUGCGGGCUACCAACCCACAACCUCCCAUGGCCUCCGUGUUGGACCUUGAAGACAGCCUUGCCUCUGAAUGCCGGCUCCCGUCCUGCAUUCAGAGGGAGUUUAGGAUCCGGGAGUUGGAGGAGGAACGCACUUUGCCUGUUCACCCCGCCAUCAUGGCAUUAUUCAUGGACCGGACGAGGGGGAGCACUGACAAUUUUGCUUUUCCCAAGAGCAUCCGUAAUUUGUAA